AUGACCUGGGAGUCCCUCUUCGACAUCCUGAACAGGGACGACUCGGACACACACUCUCCCCCCGGGCCUCCUCGGCCAUCUUCUCCAAGAGACUCUAGUUCCAUAUCGCCAAACGACUCAGAUCUCCCCAACAGAGAGCCCUCAUACGACGACAGUUUUAUCUUCGAGGGCGACUUAUGCGAAUGCGAAUGCGGGGCGUACCACUCCGAGUCUGAAGGAAACCCCUCCAAGUCCUUCGAGGAUGAAGUCUUCGAGGAGGUCUUUGAGGAAUGUAUCGCGUCCGAUCAGGGCAUGGACAUUGAUGAGGAGUUGAACGACCAGGACGACAAUCGGUGGGUCAUUCCACCCCUUUCCACUUCGGUGGUCUUUAAUUGUAACACCCUCACACGGCUUUCUACUAGCACCAGACUCCCCCAAGCCAACUUCCCUGUAUCCCUCGCGUACAUCCUCCCACCCACACCCACAGAAGCUGAACGAAACGAGAUAUGGGACGCGGCGAUGUCGGUCCGCGACCGGCCUUAUGCGCGUCGUUUAAUUCUGGAGAAGCAGGGGGGGUUGAGCAAGGAAGAGGACUACAUGAGGGUGGAGACGUGGGCUCGGGAAGGGUAUUGGCUUAACGUUGGGGAGGAAGAAGUGAGCCAGGGAAUGGGAGACGGGAUGGGUGGUGAUGCACAGGAGGAAGAGGAAGAAGACAGCACCCAAGAACUCGACGAUGGGAGUCGCCGGAUGGCCGACAAUGACAAAGUCGAUGGAGAGACGGACUGCCAGUGGGAUGGUGGCUCUGACUCAGACUUGGGUUCGGAGGCGACCUUGGCCUCGAGAUUGGAAGCCGCCAACGGCGAGUAUGAGCAUUUGAAUAAGAGUCCGCCUUCUCCGCCGGCACGGUUUGAGCGUGAGUCUAAGACGUCGGGUUUGACCUUGGAGAACGUCAGCGAAGAGGUCAAGUAUCCGACUCCAGCUUCAACGUCAACCUCGAAGCCGACUCCUCUUUCAACUUCCACCUUUGACAUCGCAUCCCCUCGGACGCCAGCGCCGACUCUUGCCUCAUCCUCUUCGAAUUCCCCAGGCCCAGCCACGACGGAUCUCAAAGACGAAGACGAAGACGAAAAUCGCGGAGGAGGUCCUGGUCCAGAGGUCGGCCAUUCAGUGGCAUCUCAAGAGCGGGCAGAUGUGUCGGUUGAACUUGAAGCCGUUGAAGGCGAAUGCGAAGGCGAAGACGAGGGAGUAGAACCAAAGGGGGUACGAACGUUGAUAGGGAUAUAUAGUGAUAAAGUAACACAAGUAAACGUGAUAUGA